UCUAAUUCAAACAAUCCCUUCUCUCUCGCCAUCUCUGCUAUAUAUAAAUCUCUCUUUCAAUUCUCUCAUCAUUCAAAUCUCUUUCUCUCUCUCUCUCUCUCUCUCUCUCUCUCUCUCUCUCUCUUCUGCGUUUCAAGCCAUCUAAUUGCUAUCACAAUCGCUUGCUUCCAUUUGAUUUUCAUUUUGUCUAAUACUUAUUUUUUGCAGAGUUUUGUUUUAUAUUCUUUAUUUCAUUUUCAUUUUUUCUUGUAUUUUGUAUAUUGUUUCUUUUUCCCCUAACAAUGGACGCAGGAUCUUUGAGUUCUUCCGCCAUCAAAACCAGAUCCAGAUUUCCUCUUCAAGAACAGUUUAUUCAGAGAAAUAAUUCCAGAGAGAAUUUGGACAGAUUCAUACCGAAUAGAUCAGCAAUGGACUUUGAUUAUGCUCACUACAUGUUGACAGAAGGGGCUAAAGGUAAGGAAAAUCCAGUUGUGUCCCCUUCCAGGGAAGCUUACAGGAAGCAACUUGCAGAAUCAUUGAACUUGAACAGGACCAGAAUUCUAGCUUUCAAGAACAAGCCACCUGCACCAGUUGAUUUAAUCCCUCGUGAGAUUACUUCAAUGGCUCAUCAACAAGAUAAAACCACCAAGCCCAGGCGUAUUAUUCCUCAGACUUCUGAGAGGACAUUGGAUGCUCCAGACCUUGUGGAUGACUAUUACCUCAAUUUACUAGAUUGGGGAAGCGCCAAUGUUCUUGCAAUUGCACUUGGAAACACAGUGUAUUUGUGGGAUGCGUCUAAUGGUUCCACUUCAGAACUUGUUACAGUUGACGAUGAAAGCGGCCCUAUCACAUCAGUAAGCUGGGCUCCUGAUGGACGGCAUAUUGCUAUUGGUUUGAACAGCUCUGAAGUGCAGCUGUGGGAUACAACCUCAGAUAAGCAGUUGAGAACUUUGAGAGGUGGACAUAGGCAGAGAGUGGGGUCUUUGGCAUGGAACAACCACAUACUCACAACCGGAGGGAUGGAUGGUAAAAUUAUCAACAAUGAUGUAAGAAUCAGAUCACACAUUGUUGAAACAUACAGAGGUCACGAACAUGAAGUUUGUGGAUUGAAAUGGUCACCUUCCGGUCAACAAUUAGCCAGUGGAGGGAAUGAUAAUCUACUUUAUAUCUGGGAUAGAAGUACAUCAUCUUCCAGUUCCCCAACUCAGUGGCUUCACAGACUUGAAGAUCACACAUCUGCAGUAAAGGCUCUUGCUUGGUGUCCUUUCCAAGGGAAUUUGCUAGCUUCUGGUGGAGGCAGCGGGGAUCGUUGCAUCAAGUUUUGGAAUACACACACAGGUGCAUGCUUGAACUCGGUUGACACCGGGUCUCAGGUAUGUUCCCUUCUGUGGAACAAGAAUGAGAGGGAGUUACUUAGCUCUCAUGGUUUUUCACAGAAUCAACUAACACUAUGGAAAUACCCUUCAAUGGUCAAGAUGGGGGAGCUCACUGGUCACACUUCCAGAGUUCUUUACAUGGCUCAGAGUCCAGAUGGUUGCACAGUGGCAUCAGCAGCGGCCGAUGAAACACUGAGGUUUUGGAAUGCUUUUGGCACUCCAGAAGUAGUAACCAAAGCUGCUCCAAAAGCUAGAGCUCAGCCAUUUUCACAUCUUAGUCGCAUUCGAUAAGAUGCCACGUGUGAAAUUGUUUGUUUGUUGUCACCAAGUUAUAUUUUCUACUUGUAACUCCAGUUUAGCCACAUAAUCAAUCAUUGUAUAUUGUAUCAAUAUAUACUGGGAUUAGUACCUCUAGACAAUGUGUAGAUAGAAGAUAGGAUGAAGUUGUUUUUUAUGAGACUUCUCUGUACAUUGUAACAUUACUAUAGUGUAAAACAACACUUUAUUUUCCCGUGGAUGUAGUCACACACCACUUGUGACGAACCACGUA